CGUUUGAUAUGCCAUCCACAAAAGUUUUGCCGACAGGUGCAGCGCGAUGUCGGUGGCUGGUGGUAGUGUGCCGUUAAUGUCCCGCUGUGUUCGGCUCGUAUCGGCUCAACGUGCCGUGACUCGGUCCUCUUUUCGCGGUGCUGGGGAUCGAGGGAUAGACUCACCUGCCGGGAGCCCUAGACUCACCCAGAGCCGAGCCCGCAGCAGCCCGCCGCACGCUCCUCCAGGCAAGCUGGUGUGGAAUGGAGGGGAUAAGAAAGCAGUGAUCUGCAUUGAGGGGAACAUUGCCUGUGGAAAGUCGACGUGUCUCAAGUAUUUUGAAAAAACAAGCAAUAUAGAGGUCCUGAUGGAGCCAGUCUCUAAAUGGAGGAAUGUCCGUGGACACAACCCUCUGGCUCUGAUGUACCAAGAUCCUGAGCGCUGGGGCCUCACGCUGCAGACAUACAUCCAACUCACCAUGCUGGGUAUGCACACGUCAGCCAUGACAGCUCCCGUCAGGAUGAUUGAGAGGUCCAUCUUCAGUGCCAAGUACAUCUUUGUGGAGAAUCUCUUCAGAAGUGGAAAAAUGCCAGAGGUGGACUUUGCUGUUCUCAGCGAGUGGUUUGAUUGGAUCACAACUAACAUUUCCAUUCCUGUUCAUCUGAUUGUCUACCUGCAGACAUCUCCUCAGACCUGCCAUGAGAGGUUAAAGCAGAGAGGCAGAGAGGAGGAGAAAGUCAUUCCAUUGGAGUAUCUUGAGUCCAUCCACCAGCUGUAUGAGGACUGGCUCAUCAAGUCCGACGGCUUCCCACUCCCUGCUCCUGUGCUGGUGAUUCCUGCUGACCAUGACCUCCAGAAGAUCCUGCACCAGUUGGAGGAAAACCGCGAUAAGAUCUUAGCUGGAAGCUAUCUCUGACAGGCACACAGUAGCACACAUACACACAGGAUUCUAAGAUUUGGAUUAUCAUUUUAAUUUACAUUCAAAAUAAGUAGGUUUUAAUUCAAAAAAAACGUCUCGUUAAAAAUAUUCAGCUGACUCUCAGCUUUCCAUCGGAGGACUUUAGAGUUUCUAAAGGAACCUGAAAAACUCACUCACCCUUCAAACGGUGAGUUUUAACUAAUUCAUUCUACAUUGUGUGCGGUUUACUUCUGAUAUUCUUGUAUAUUUAUUCUCUUUUUAUUUUACGUUGUAAUGAAGAUUGUCCUCCAGUCUUGUCUUUGUUGGGUUUUUUCACCUGCUAUAAAUACAUAUAAAUAAUAUGUAUACUGUAAAGGGAUUUCAUUGAUUAAUUUUUUCUUCUCAUGAUAAAGACCAUUGUAGCGUGGUUGCUGGUCGUAGAUUUAUUUAUUAUUAUUAUUAUCUUUAUUUAAAGGGGACCAUGUACAGUUAAAACCAGUGGCGGGCCGUCAGGGCCAGCAAGGCCUUCUCUGCUGGCCUAAACAUCAUCAGAAUAUAUAUUUUUUUCUAAAUAUAUUUUCCCACAAAUAUGUAUUCAAUUAUUUCCCAGAGUAAGAGUUAUUCUCUUAAUUUCAUAGCGUUCCUCUUGGUUGCGCUGCUGCCAGACCCAGGUUGAGAUUUGGAGGGCUGGUCUUUAUGUUAGAUCUUUUAUCCAAUCAUAUUCAGCCAUCGUGUGUUGCCAGGGGGCUAAAAUCUGCCCUUAGGCCUUCAGAAUCAACAUUGCGGGCGCUGGUAGCUUCAAGUGAAUGGGAAUGACGAUGUUGUGUCAACCAAUCAGCUUUAGAGUUGGCUCCUCUAGGCCUUCUAGAAGGCCCCGGAACCGGCACAGGUUCACGUCUUUUGAUUGGAUUACCAAUAUUGAGAGGCGGGGUCUAUGGGCAGGUAGAUGCAAAACCUCAGAACUAGGAAACUGAAUUUGAUAAAGGAAUUAAUUCGCGGACUACAAAGCUGUUUUUUCAACCCACAAUGAGGAAAGAAAGAAGGAUGGAUUUUGUGUUCAAAUAAUCAGUCUUCGGUGAGUAGGCAUACAAUGCAUUCUAUUUUUUAUUAAAUGUGUAGGCCUAUGUAUGUUUGGCACAAAAUAAAAUGGCAAAUAGCCUAUGUUGCAAAUUA